AUGUGCUCACGGCGCUGGAUUCUGUUGAUCGGCAGCUUCACAUGUUGUGGUCUGCUUCUAAGUUUGCCCGUGCCAGAGAUCCGGUUCAUCCGCCGUGGCUUCGCGCCCCAGGAGUGCAUCAGCCGUCCCGAGAACGACUUCGACUCUUCCUGCAACAUCACCUGCUCGUUCAAGGAGGGCAAAACUCUGUUGGAGUUUCCGAGAACCCGCACCCUGACAGGCCCAUGUGCCGCCCGGAUUCAAAUGAUUCAGGAUACUCUUCAGUUGGGUCGCAAGAGACAGUUCUUGGGAGACUUGAGAGUUUUUAACGCAAGCUGUGGAGCACUCACAACAUCUUCGGAACCUGACCUGGUCUAUUGGUGUGGCCUCUAUGCUGUCCGCCUCUGUCAAGAUCCGGGCGUCCUCCGUCCGAUGUUCCAGUUGCUUCUACCGAUGUCCGGACGGGUCGGCGGGAGAAGCGAGCGAGCGCCCAGCGCGCGGUAUGUGGGCAAGGCUUUCUACUAUUUGUAUCUUGCCAGUUUUCAGUCCAUCCGAGUGGAGCCCUGUGUUGAUCAGACUGAGUCUCUGAGAGUCUCUGUGUUGCAAGACGAAAAAAGAAAGACAUACUCUCUGAUUCUCAGUAUUUCGUUGGCUGGUGGAAUUGGUACCUUACAAAUCAUCGAAAGAUCAUUUAUAGGAUCUGUCCCCAUCCUUACCAGCAACAGUCGGUAA